CCUUAUCUCUACAACUUUUUUUUGUUGAAACCAUGUUGUCUCCCCAUUACUCGUACCAAUCGACCUGAAUCGAGGAUUGCAGACGUUGAAACGUCAUCAAUUGAGAAAUAAUCAUUUGUCUCCCAUACGAAAAAUCUCAACAAGAGUUUACCAAAAUAUCAAUACUUGGAUUCGAAAACUUCCCAAUUCAUCAUUCACACUUCAAAGCGACAAUGCCUACCACGAUAAGCCGUCGCAGAGGCUCGACUCCGAUGCUCCUCGCCCUUCCUCCACCCAAGCCAGCCAAAUUCCCUAGAUUCAGAGACCUCCCUGCCGAAUUGCGACUCCAUAUUUGGGGAUACGCUCUGCCAGGCCCCAGAAUAAUUCUGCUAGAACACAAGAGGAAGAAAAACAGCGGUGCCGCGACCGAUGAUUUGAAAACGGUUGACAACUUGAAUCCCAGGGUCGAUAGGUUGGGCUUCCGAUCGGACGCUCCUCCACCGUCAAUAUUAUAUGCUUGUCGCGAGUCAUACGCGAUUGCGUCCAAAUACUACACACAAGCCUUUGCCAAUAGCCGUGGUACUUCGAUCGCAGAAACUUACAUCGACUUCAAAGAGGACGUACUGUACCUAGGAUCUGAGUGGCUGGGAGCUGGCCAGAUGAAUCAUGGAAAUUAUCAAGAGCGCAUUGAAUAUGUCCUGAGGAACGAACUGCACGUUGAUGACCUGUCCCGAGUCGAAAACCUGGCAAUAUGGUGGGAUAACUUCCACACGGGGCCUCGGAACCUCGAUGAUUAUCUAGUUAUGAUCUUACGACAAUUCGGCGAGGUCAAAUCGGUCACAAUCGUCAGCAAGAAGUACUGCAUGCCUGGAUUCAGAGAUACAUAUCCAAAGAUGCAUGGAGAGCUGAAAUUCCUUGAUGAAAUGACUGAGACUCCCGGUGCCGACAUCAAGCUUCAGGGGCUCGACAUUCCACUCUCGAAAACUUGGCUUGCUGAUCAGCGUGGCGAUCAGGAAUACCUACAAGCUAUAAGUGAUAUUGCUUGGAACGGAACUACGUGGAACGUUCCAGAUAUCUCUUACAACAUUAUCACUACACCACAUGGCGAGGAAUUGCUUCUCCAACAAGCCAGAGACGCAAAGGCUGAGGAGGUGUGGGGUUCCUGAGCAACAUUGCUGGAAAUUCCAAUUCUAGGUUCGAGGAAUCUCCUGUCGACGACAAUUGUCACAUCUCAUCUGCAGGUCCGUUUUCGUCCUUGUUUCCCUGAUUUAACGUCGUCCCAUGGCUUGAUCACGCUUCCGGCUAUCCCCUUUGGAAACUUCGCUUUGAUGUUGGAGCUACAGGUCCCUCGAUCGCCGACGAAACUCGAGACUCCACAGUCUGAUUCAGCUUCGUUGUGAACACCAGGACGAUACGUUGUUCAUCCGUUUGGGCUUUCAUGGCCAAUUCUCAUUGCCAUGAUCGUGUAGUAUAGCUUGUCUAAGAUCGGUAUGCGUUUGGAAGUUGCUUAGCGUUGACAUAGAAUUUCCUUUGGUAGAAGUGGGUUCUGGAGAGUAGACCAAGACACACAUAGCUAGACUCUUGUGCUUAGAUGCAGUUUAGAUUUUCUCGACAAACACUUCACCAUGCUGAAAUUGCAGAAC